AUGACGACAAUGACAAGAGAAAAUUGGGCCCACAAUGCUCUGAGACAAGAGGGUCUUGUUAAAGGGAAGGAUGAUACCUGGAAAUGGGGAACCAGCUUCCAAGGAAGCAGCUCCUCUGUUUGGGAGACCUCCCACCUGCACUUUAGACAGUUACGUUACCAUGAGACAUCUGGACCCCAGGAAGCACUGAGCCGGCUCCGGGAGCUCUGUCGUCGAUGGCUGAGGCCAGAAGCACGUACUAAGGCCCAGAUCCUGGAACUGCUGGUCCUGGAGCAGUUCUUGAGCAUUCUGCCUGGGGAGAUUCGGACCUGGGUGCAGAUCCAUCGCCCUGGGAGUGGUGAGGAGGCUGUGGCCCUGGUAGAGGAGCUACAGAAAGACCUCGAUGGACCAGCACUAAAAGUUCCAGUUCUUGUUCAGCACCAGGACAUUCUUCAGGAAGGGAUGAACACUCCAGGAACAGCAGUUCCUCAUGCACCCAUUGGCAGCCGCAUAGCACCUGAAAUUUGCCAAAAUCCUUUUACUGACCCAGUGAUGUUCAAUCUUCAGGAUCCACAACAUGAUUCUCCUGCCCCUGAAGCUUCUGCCCUUUCCCAGGAAGAGAACCCAAGAAAUCAAUUAAUGGCCCUCAUGCUCCUAACAGCCCAGCCCCAGGAGUUGGUGAUGUUUGAGGAAGUGUCAGUAUGCUUUACUUCAGAGGAAUGGGAGUGUCUGGGCCCGAUUCAGAGGGCUUUAUACUGGGAUGUGAUGUUGGAGAACUAUGGAAAUGUGACCUCCCUAGAAUGGGAGACCAUGACUGAGAAUGAGGAGGUGACACCAAAGCCAAGCAUUUCUCAAAGAGCCGAUUCUCAAAAAGGAACAUCCAAAAGACUUCAGGGAGGUGUUCCUCAGAUCCUAGAUUUUGAGGAAGCAUGUGAAUGGCAAGUUUUGGCAAGUCAUUGGGGAACUAAAACAGGGGAAAGAGAUACCCUAAAGAAAGUUUCCAUCUGUGAAAGAGAUAAAAAGAAAAGGACUCUACCAGAAAAACAAGGCCAAAAGUGGAAGGAAUUUGGAGAAAGCUUGACUUCAGGUUCAGCUCUUUCUGAAAGUUUAAUAGGUACUGAAGGAAAGAAGUUUUAUAAAUGUGAUAUAUGUUAUAAACAUUUCAAUAAAAUCUCCCAUCUUAUAAACCAUCGGAGAAUCCACACUGGUGAGAAACCUCAUAAAUGUAAGGAGUGUGGAAAAGGCUUUAUUCAGCGCUCAAGCCUUCUAAUGCAUUUACGGAACCAUUCUGGGGAGAAACCUUAUAAAUGUAAUGAAUGUGGGAAAGCCUUCUCUCAAAGUGCUUACCUUCUAAACCAUCAGAGAAUCCACACUGGGGAGAAGCCUUAUAAAUGUAAGGAGUGUGGAAAGGGCUUCUAUAGGCAUUCAGGCCUUAUUAUACAUCUAAGGCGCCAUUCUGGGGAGAGACCUUAUAAAUGUAAUGAAUGUGGGAAAGUUUUCUCUCAGAAUGCUUACCUCAUUGACCAUCAGAGGCUCCACAAAGGGGAAGAACCUUAUAAAUGUAACAAGUGUCAGAAAGCUUUCAUUCUGAAGAAGAGCCUCAUUCUGCACCAGAGAAUCCACUCUGGGGAAAAGCCCUAUAAAUGUGAUGAAUGUGGAAAAACCUUUGCUCAGACCACUUACCUUGUUGACCAUCAGCGGCUCCACAGUACAGAGAACCCAUAUAAAUGUAAAGAAUGUGGAAAAGUUUUCAUUCGAAGCAAAAGCCUCCUCUUACACCAGAGAGUACACACAGAAAAGAAGACUUUUGGUUGCAAAAAAUGUGGGAAGAUUUUCAAUUCAAAGUCAAACCUCAUUGACCAUAAGAGGAUGCAUAGCAGAGAGAAGCCAUAUAAAUGUACUGAAUGUGGGAAAGCCUUCACUCAGAGUGCUUACCUUUUUGACCACCAGAGACUCCACAAUGGAGAGAAACCUUACGAAUGUAAUGAGUGUGGGAAAGUUUUCAUUCUAAAGAAGAGCCUCAUUUUACAUCAGAGGUUCCAUACUGGAGAGAAUCUCUAUGAAUGUAAAGACUGUGGCAAGGUCUUUGGUUCUAACAGAAACCUCAUUGACCAUGAAAGACUACACAAUGGGGAGAAGCCCUAUGAAUGUCAAGAGUGUGGGAAGACUUUCAUCAUGAGCAAAAGUUUCAUGGUCCAUCAGAAACUACAUACACAGGAGAAAUCCUAUAAAUGUGAGGAUUGUGGGAAGGCUUUUAGUUAUAAUUCAAGCCUGCUCGUACAUCGGAGAAUCCACACCGGAGAAAAGCCCUUUGAAUGCAGUGAGUGUGGAAGGGCUUUCAGUUCUAACAGAAACCUCAUUGAACAUAAGAGAAUCCACAGUGGUGAGAAACCCUAUGAGUGUAAUGAGUGUGGUAAAUGCUUCAUUUUGAAGAAAAGCCUCAUUGGACAUCAGCGGAUUCACACAAGGGAAAAAUCUUAUAAAUGCAGUGACUGUGGGAAAGUCUUCAGUUACCGCUCAAACCUUAUAGCCCAUCAGAGAAUUCACACUGGUGAGAAGCCCUAUGCAUGUAAUGAGUGUGGGAAGGGCUUUACUUACAACAGAAACCUCAUUGAACAUCAAAGAAUUCACAGUGGGGAAAAAACCUAUGAAUGUCAUAUAUGUAGAAAAGUUCUUACCUCUAGUAGAAAUCUUAUGGUACAUCAAAGAAUCCACACUGGAGAGAAGCCUUAUAAAUGUAAUGAGUGUGGAAAAGACUUCAGUCAGAAUAAAAACCUUGUUGUACAUCAGAGGAUGCACACUGGGGAAAAACCAUAUGAGUGUGAGAAGUGUAGAAAAUCUUUUACUUCUAAGAGGAAUUUAGUUGGCCACCAGAGAAUCCAUACAGGGGAGAAACCGUAUGGGUGUAAUGAUUGUAGUAAAGUUUUUAGGCAGAGAAAAAACCUUACUGUACAUCAGAAAAUUCAUACAGAUGGAAAACUUUGUGAAUGUGAUGAGUCUGAAAAAGAGUUCUCUCAAACUUCAAACCUUCAUCUUCAACAAGAAAUCCAUACUGUGGAGGAAUUCUCUUGGCUCCAAAAUGCCAGUGAGUCCAAGACAGAGAUUCAGAAAAUCUAGUGUCAUUUGUAAAAGGGGAUAAAAUCCCUGCCUACCUAAGUAACUAUUAGACAAAUGGCAGUGUAUGGUCCUUGCAAGGAAAAAAUUCAUGAUUGACCCUUUUGUAGACAAAUGAUUUGCAUGUGAAAGAAAGUUAAUCUAGACUUUCAAGACUACAUAAACCAAAUUCUAGUUAAAGAAUAUUAUGUCCCAGACCAUUUGUUAUGACUCUGGAAAGGAGCCUUAGAGCACUUGAAGGCUCUGAAGAACCUUACGACAUGUAAUGAUGUAGUUGUAAAUGAUAGCAAAAAUAUCUUUGUAUUAAGAAAUGGACAUUGUUUCUGGAAAUGUGUAUAUUGUACAUUUUAAAAAUAGCAUCACUGCUACAAAAAGUCUAUUGACCAUAUGAUUGAGACAUGUCAGACAUGGAGUUGAGUGGGCAAGAGUCUGCUGUUUGAGGACAACUUAAGAAGAGUACUAGAUUUGGUAU